AGGUUAACGGCCCUUCUCGCGUAAUCGGCCAUUUGUCAAUAGACCAGAUGGCGGACGUCAAGUCGUCGAUAUGGUGAUCGUGGUAGUCAUGGGCGUCUGUGGCUCUGGGAAGACCACAGUUGGCAAGGCGCUCUCAGAAAUGAUGGGUUGUGAGUUCGCCGACGCCGACGACUUUCAUUCGUCGGCCAACAAGGACAAGAUGGCCAGAGGAAUGCCCCUAAAUGACCAGGAUCGACUUCCAUGGCUACGGUCUAUACAGAAGUUCAUUCAAAGCCGGCAGGAGAUUUGUCAGACGGCCGUGGUCACAUGUUCAGCCCUGAAGCGAUCUUACAGGGAAAUCCUAACCGCCAGGGAGCCCAGAACAGCCCAGGCAUACAGACAGCCGGACACAAGCAAGGCACACAGGCACCCGGACAUAGCCCAGGCACACGGACAGCCGAACACAGCCAAGCCACACGGGCUGCCGUACAUGGUUCAGGCGGACAAGCAUCAGUACACGGCCCAGGCAAACCGUCAGCCCGACACGGGCCAGGCGGGGGUCAUUUUUGUGUUCUUAAAAGGAUCGGAAAGUUUGUUAAGAGAGAGAAUGUCAGGAAGAGACGGUCACUUCAUGCCGUCCGAGCUUCUGACCUCUCAACUUCAGACGUUAGAGGAGCCAUGUUCAGACGAGAAGCAUGUUGUUGCAGACAUAUCACAAGAUGUCGAGUCUUUGGUUAAAGAAAUAUAUACUUACAUAACAUCCUUAAACGACUGACGUCUUUCUGUGCGUACCGCUACGAUCGAUGUAAGGAUUUAAAUUGUAAAUAAAUCUAUUAU